AUGUCGCCAACACGAGAAAGCACGACCACCGCCACUAAUACCGCACACGUCCAGGAUCUUGACCGAUCCAAGCUGUUACAUGGCUCGACAUGGAACGACACCAAGCACCAGGACUCGUUCAUAUCCAAGCUCACGGGCAAGAACCGCCAGUUUCUGCCCGAGGUCGUUAACAACUACAUGAAGAACUGGAAGACCAAUACCAGCCCCGGUCAGGAGGCCGAUAAGAACGUGGUCGAGAACGGUUCCGACAUCACGAACCUUUACUUCGAGCUUUCCACGGAUUUCUAUGAGUAUGCCUGGGGAACCUCGUGGCACUUCUGCCGUUUCCACUACGGCGAGUCCGUGCCACAAGCCAUGGCGCGCUAUGAGCAUUACCUGGCGGCGCGUGCAGGCAUCCAUUCUGGCAGCCAUGUUCUCGAUAUUGGAUGUGGUGUCGGUGGUCCGGCCCGCGAAAUUGCGCACUUUACUGGUGCACGUAUCACUGGCCUUAACAUCAACGAUUACCAGAUCAGCCGCGCUCGUCGGUACGCGGUCGUUCACGGUCUCGAGAGCAAACAGGACUUUGUAAAGGGCGACUUUAUGAACAUGCCGCUGGAGAGCAGCACCUUUGAUGCUUGCUAUGCCAUCGAGGCUACUCCUCAUGCGUCGUCCUUGAAGGGUGUCUAUGCUGAAGCGUUUCGUGUCCUUAAGCCUGGCGGUGUGUUUGCUUGUUAUGAAUGGGUCCUGACCGACAAGUACGAUCCCACCAACCCUGAGCACCAGCGAAUUGCCAAGGGUAUCAAGCUCGGAUGCAGUCUUGUCAAUCUGGUGACCCGUCAGGAGUGCCUCGAUGCUCUGGAGUUUGCUGGAUUUGAGAUACUGGAAAACGAGGACCGUGCUGUCAAUGAUGAUGCCGUCCCUUGGUACUAUCCUCUUUCGGGCGAGCUCCGUUAUGCCAGAACGCCCUGGGACUAUUUUACCGUCUUCCGCUCUUCCACCUACGGUCGCAUGGUGACAAACACUAUGUGCGCGGCUCUCGAGAAGGUCGGUCUCUUCGCUUCCGGCAGUGCUCAAGUCGCCCAGUUCCUUGACAUUGGAGCCACCUCACUCGCUGAGAGUGGCAAGCUCGGUAUAUACACGCCCAUGUUUUUCUUCGUCGCCCGCAAACCUAGUGAUCAGCGUUCUGAGUAG